CAGAUUGAAGGCCUAGGUUUUGGUCCUUGGUGGCCGCGAGGAUCUUCCUACUAGACAGCCAUGGAGGACGACAGGAUGCAGCGCCUUCACGAUACAUUGGACAAGCUACGACCUCGGGGCAAGACGGGUGGCUUGGGUUUCAAUUCAGGCUUUGGGCCCAAAAAGACAGACGAUGGUUUGCCUAAAAAUGGUCUGUACGCCUAUUUUGUGCGAGCGGGUCAUGGUGGAUACAAGAAGUGGGGGGAUGACGAUAUUGCAGAGGUGAAGCCAGAAAGCGAAGGAGAAAGCAGCUUGCCUGUGCGUGGCUACAUCAAGAAGGAGAAGAGGAAGAAAGAGAAGAGAUCAAAAGGGGAAGAUGCAAGCAAAAAACGGAAAGACAUUUUAUUAACAGCGUCUGAGAAGCAAGAGGGAGGAGAACCUCCCAGGAAGCGGCGACGGCAGAGACUGGAGGAGGCCGCGAGUUGGGAGGCGCUUCAGAAUCCUCAGGCAGGCGAUGCGACGGUGGCGGGAGACAUCAAGUUUUCCUGGCACAAACAUAUCAAGAGGGCUCUGAAGGCGGCGGAGGAAAAAGUUCCCUUGAGGCAGCUGAGAAAGCAGGUUGUCGCCCUGGCAUUGGAAAGGACCAGCUCCCGAACCGCCAAGGGAAGUGUUGCAGGGACGCAGAGUAAGAAGGCGUUAAAGCAUGCAUUUCACCGUGCUGUGGACACCCACGACUUGCUGCACGUGGAGGAUGGAGUGGUGCACUACCGAAACGCAGAAAAAGCGGUCGGGGGGGGCGCGUAUGGAAGGCAAAAACAUGACGUGGUGACAGCGGCGAAGAAGGGGGCUUUUGCCAUGAAGGGAGAGGGGGGGAGCGAUACAGAAGAGCAAAGGGAGCAGAAGAGAAGGAAGAGCAGGUCAGGAGGAAAUAACAAAAGCGCAAAGGCCGUCGAUCGCGUCGAGGUUGCAGAGAGGAAGAAAUCUCUGAGCAAAGCCAAGUCAACUGAAAGGCCCUCCACCGAAGCGGCGGGGAAAGACAUCGCAUUUGCAGAUCGGGCAGAAAAGAAGAAGAAGAAAAAUAAAAAGGGAAGCGCGCUCGAGGAAGAGAAAAGGAAGGAGGCGACAAGCAUGAAAGAGGCCAAGAAGGCCUCUGGCAAGAGGAACAAGCAUUGAAUUUGCAGCUGGAGAUAUCAUGACUUGGAAUCUUUUGCAUGCUAUUUUGAGGCCUCGAGGCAGCCAUGUGAAAAAAAGAGGGAAGAACGGGAAGGGAGACGGAGUAAAGUACAAAAACAACUCACAGAAGAUGACGAGA